ACAUCUUGAGCUUGGUGAUUGCUCAAUUGGUAAUGAAGCUAUCGAGGAGAUAGCCAGCAACUAUACUAAUUUGAAAUAUCUUAGUUUGAAGGGGUGUAGAAGGAUUAGUAAUGAAGUGCUGAAAAAUCUCAAUCCAAAAAUUAAAAUCGAACAUCCAGAUUAUUCCGAUGAUGAAUUCUCCGAUUCUGGUUUACCUCCACUUAUUCUAAUCUUUACCAGUAAACAAAAUAGGAUAGCUAUAACCAGGUCCUUUAGAGACUACUAUUUGAGUCAUACAUUAGAUGAAACAGAUCUUAUUUCUGCAAUUGUUAAUUAUCUCAGAGAGAAUCCUCCAAUAGGAAAAAAUCCCAGUAAAAGCAUUAAUCGAUACAAUAUUAAAUCCAAUACUAUUAGCAAGCGCUUGUAUAAUAAGCUUGAAAAAGAUUAUGGGUUAGAAGGUAUAUCUGGUGAUGAUUUGAUAAGCAAAGAAAUAAAAUGCUUAGAUUUGCAAUUUCGGUAUAAAGGAAAAUGGCGAAGCUUAGAUAGUACUGAAGUAAUAGAUUUUCAAAUUCGCAAAAAUUCAUCAUUUGAUUUGGUGCUAGGAUGGGAUUGGUUAUGGAUGCGCAAAGCAAAAAUUAGCUUUGGAUUUUCUCUGGAAAAUUAUAGCAGACCUACAGGCGAUUCUUCGAGCCAUAAAGCCAGCUCCACUAAAAAUAACUUAUCUAUUGCAGAGCAGGCCAUAUUGUGGAACAAUGGCACUUACGUGUCUAGGCGAUUCUCCGAAUCAUGGGACUUUGUCCCUAAAUCAACAGAAUCUAAAUCUGGUCUAGCUCAAGAGAAG